GCCAAGCAAUUUCGUCGGGACUCGGGACACGAGCAGAGAUGAAAAGGUGGUAGCUAGAAGCACGUAGCUGGCUGUGUUAAAAUACUUCUGGCUUUACACGUUCGAAGCGUUCGACAUUCGCUCGUUACAUAUUUUAUCCGUAAUCAUUAAGCGACGACGAUUUAUUAAGUGCCGAAAAGUUUUAAUUCAAACGCACUUCAUGUGGAAUUGCUGUAUAAUUUCAUCACGCAAAUUAAACAAUAAGUUUACAAAAUGAUGGAAUCUGAGUCAAGAAGGAGAGGACCUCGGAGUCCAAGUGAAGAAUCUGAUGGAUUGAGAAGACGAUCCAAAAAGUAUGACAGAUCUCCAUCACCGAGGAGACGAUAUAGAAGGUCUAGAUCACGUUCAAGAUCUAGUGAGAGAGAAAUGAUAUCUAGGAGAAAAGAAAACUCCAAAGAAAGUGACUGGAAAUCUACUAUGCCCUCUAACAAAGCUUCCAAUCCACCUAAUACCAGUUAUCCACCACCAGUGAUUGCUCGAUACAAUCAAGCUCCUCCACCACCAAAUACCAGUCAACCACCACCACCAAUUCCAUAUGGCCAAGGCUAUGGAAACUACAAUUACAACUAUAAUGCAGCCUAUCCGGAAUACAAUGCAGCCAAUUAUCAACCUCAAGCACCUACAGGCUACAGAAAUGACUAUCCGCCACCAGCAAACUGGCAAGGCAAUAUGCCCUAUAGCACCCAACAACAAGCAGCAGCAGUUGCAGCUCAAGCGGCAGCGGCUGCUGCUGCCGCUGUGGCACCAACGCAACAACAAAGAGUCGUCGAUCCAACAGUGGCUGCCGCACAGGCACUACUUGCUGCCACUGGUAGACCCGAGGAAGCCAAGAAAGAAGCAAUUGCAGCCGAGUUAAAGCAGCAGAAAGCCACGCUAGCAAAACAACGUGAAGAGUAUCUGAAGAAGACGGUGAGGCUACAGAGGGAAUUGGAAAUUUUACGCAAGCAGUACGAGGAGAUCGAUAACGAGGGUGGAAGGGAAAACAAUCGUAUCAUCAAGGAGAAUCAAAAACUACAGGUCGAGAUUCAAAAUAAAAUGAAAUCCAUACACAACGUAAUCGACAUGUUAACUGGAAUAAUCGGCGACAAAGUUACUGUUGAUGAUUUGAAAGUCAAGUACAAACCUGACGCAGUUAAUCGAUCAAAAAGUCCAAAAGAGGACGCUAAAAAGAUUGCCGAAUCACCACGCUCCGAAGAUAAAGAAGAUGAGAGACCAGCUUACAACUUCGUUCAUUAUGAUCCGGAAAUGCACUGGUGCAAAACUUGUGACAUCUUUCCGAAAACUGCUAAAGAAUAUUUAAAUCAUCUUCAUUGCAAUGAGCAUAAAGAAACUUGCUUGGAGCGUAAGAUAGUCGAUAUGCCAUGGCACGAUGACAAGCACGGAGGACCGGAGAAGGAAGUGCCAUUUUAUCCAGGACUGCCGACGAAAAGAACACCAAUUAAAGGCUUGCAGUUCUUCAGCCCGGCUACCGCAUGGUAUUGCAGACUUUGCAACGCUUGGAUCGGUGAUCUUCAUUGUGCCAGUCUGCACUUGAAGUCUCGUCGACAUUCCGAGAACUACAGUCGAUUUGUAGAACAAAAUCCACACUGGGAAACGGAUUGGAUGGCUGACCGUGAAAAAGCUUUCUCUGAUGAGAAGAAUAAGCAAAUUCAAAUGGAGAUCCAGAAACAAAAAGAGGAAGUUCCAGUAGCUAAGCCUAAAAAGUCGAAGAAGGCAAAGAAAAACAAGAAAAAAUCAAAAAAACGCAAGACAAAAAGUAGCAACUCGGAAUCGUCCAGUGACACCGACAGCAAUGAAUCUGACACGAACAACGGCAAUGGGCCUUCGAUGGUAGAUGAUCCAUCCAAGAGUAUUCGAGUAGCCAUGAGGAAUAAAGGAAAGAGCUCAAAUCAGGUGGCGCAUCAUCAUGAGGUAGACAUGUAUGAAUACAAAGGCUCAGUUAACCUUCCAUCAGAUAACCAUCAUAACAAGCUGAAACCGAAACCGGAAGACAGCAAACUAUCCGACAACACUGAUGGAGAAUUGCAAGCUUGGGGUCCAAAAGAACCAUCAAAACCUUUCUGGAUCAAAAAAGAUGAAGAAUCCAAAGUCGCUCCUCAACCAGUUCCUGUGGCACCGGUCAAACCACCCGAAGACAUACCAAAGCCACAUAUGGGUUUUUGGACAAAACAACAAGUGCAACCAGUAAAGACCGAUAAAGAUAAGGAUGACGAGAGGGAUAGUAGCCGAAGUACCGAUAAGUACAAAGACGACAGACGCGAAUACGGUGGCAAAUGGGAUAAACGUGAUGAUGACUACAAGCGUAGCUACAGGGACGACCGCUAUCGUGACGAUCGUCGUCGUGGUGGACGCGAUAGAGAAUACUACGACAGUAGGAGUGGCAGGUAUAGAGGUUCAGAUUCACCUCGCCAUAGUCGCGAAUAUAGUCCAAAGCGUGGCUUCGAUAAAUACGGCAACAAACGUCGUGGUGAUGACGACUCGAACGACGAGAAAAAAAGUAACGACAAAUCUAAGAAAGAUUCAAGUAAUUCCAACUCCAAGAAAGGGCAAUCGCAAGUAAUGAAAGGUAAGUUACCAUUUAUUGGGAGAUUGCCGUUGUUCAAGAAGAAAGACGAUCCAAAGCUGCCCGAAAAGGAAGUGGCACCAUUGCCAUAUGCUCAAAGCAAAUUUGAAGAUACUCCUAAAGUGCCCAGUGAUAUCAUUAAUCCACCUGGUGUAGUACACGUGCCAAAGCUUGCCACACCAGUCGUUUUACCAACUACUCAACCAAAAGGUCAGAUGAAAAUCCUCGUAGCUCCACCACCACCAAUCUUGAAUGAAAAAAAUGACAAGAACAAAAAAGAUGAUGAGAAGUCAAACGGCAUGUCGACAGCUGAACCUGUUGAUAUGGAAAUUGAAGAUCAAUCAGAAGAUACUGUAAUUGAGCAAAACGUCGAUCCUAUCAAGGAGGUAGUACCUAACACCGAUUUAAGCAAACCACCACCAGUAAUUCCAAAUACCAGUCUACCUCCACCCGGAUAUCCACCAAAGGCAGAUCCAUUACCAACGUCAUUUACACCGCAAGGUCCACCUCCACCGUUCGUCACUGGAGUUGCAAAUACAUUUUUACAUCCUACUAAUCAGCCACCACCGACGAUGCAAUCAAUGCCGUACAUGCAUCAGAUGCAAAUACCCCCACCAAACAUGUACAGUGCACCACCACCUACAAUUCCAGUCACAUCGGAAAUGCCAUCGGUCAUGGCAACCGAAGAACCAGUCGCAGCUGUGGAAGGUGAGAAACGUGCUGAUGGUGCUCCAUUACCAGUAGACUUACAAGAAGCUCUCGACAUAAUUUUCCCUAAAGAAGAGACGCCAGAAGAAAAAGCUGCACGAUUAGCUGCUGAACAAGCAGCUCGAGAGGCUCAAGAGACGUCGAUAAUGUACGGCUCGAUGUACAGCAUGUUGGGAUGUGUUGGUUACGGCCCUGACUACAUGGACCAACCACCACCGGAAAUUACCCAACAAGAACCUGAUGAAUCUGCGGGACCUGACGACCUUAAGAUGCUUGGUAUUGACGAAGGUGAUACCAUCCUGUAAAGGAACGUCUACACGGUUUUCGUUUGUUUGCGAAGGGCGAAAGUACAUUCCAGGGGAAUUUGACUUUAUUUAACCAAUUUUUCUAAUAAUUAGAAAUUGUUUAAUAAUUAAUAAUUAAACGAAUAAGUAAGUAAUUUGGUACAGUUUCAAGUCAUGUCGAACUUUGCAAACGAACGAAAAUUUUAACAGCGACGUCGUGCAUUUGGAAGUGGUGAAAAAAAAACAAAGUUUAUAGACUUUUUUAAUAUCAUGGAAGAAUUAGUGUUUACGUAAGAAAUGCAGUGUAUGUAGUUUGUAGUUUUUUUUGUGUUUCAGACGAAAUUAUCUUUGCUUUUAAUUGCAUUCUGCCUUAAAUUUUCUCUCUCUAUCUCUUCUCAUUUGUACAGAUGUUAGUUCGCGAGACGUUUUUCAUGUCAAUGUUCUUUAUUGCACGUAUCAGAAUAGUAUUUUUUAAAAUUUAAUUGAUGCGGAUGUAAAAGUUAAAAUACAAUUCAUUUUGAGCUAUAACGAUAAGAUAACAAUGUCUGACACAAAGUGGACGUUUUUCGAAUGGACCUAUUAUAUGGGCGAAAUUGUGGCUCUUAUUGUUAUUUUGUAAUGAAUCUUGUUCAGGAUUGAAACACAAGAUAUAAAUAUAUAA